AUGUACCUCUUCGCAUACACGCCUCUUCUGAGAUCUGUCAACCCUCCAAGAGUCUUUCCCAUGGCGCCCAAGAACUACGACUCGCUUCUCGUGAAUUGGAAAUGUCUCCUGGCAUGUGUGCUCGUGUCCAUGUGUCCGUUCCAAUAUGGCAUCGACUUUGGUCUGAUAGCAGGUCUUCAAGCUAUGGUUGGCUUUCUUAAAGUCUAUGGCUACCGAGCACCGAACUUACCAUCGGGCUACAACAUCUCGACUGAACGACAGCAGCUCAUCGCCUCCCUGAUGACUCUCGGUGCAGUGAUAGCAUCCGGCUUCGCAGGUCCUAUUGCUUGGAAACUGGGUCGGAAAGCAACUUACGGAACCUACUUCUUCGAGAUGGCAGGUGUUGGAAACGCGUUCCAGAAUUCCAUCAUUCUGGUGGCCGUAGCGGUGUUCAUCAUGAUCGUUAACGCCUGCAUCAUCGUCCGAUGGGGUCGUCGAAGAGUUAUGCUCACCUCCGGCCUGAUUCUAUGCGGCCUCGUGCACUGGAAGAAGUCGAUGAAAUGUUCGCAGCUCGGCUUCCAGCUCGCAAAUUCCGGAGUUAUCAGUGCAUCGGCAUCGCCAGACAUGACACCGGUCCCUCAGACGAGGACGAGAAAGGGAUGCAUGUCGUCGAGACCGUCGAGCGUGUAUCGGUGGACAUGA